AUGAGUAUUCCUUCUCAAGAGAAUAUCAUUCCAAAUGAAAAUGAAAAUGAAAAUUCUAUUAGGAAUAUUUCGUCAAAAUCGCAAGAACCUGAUUUACAAGAUUCCGAAGGAAUUUCUGAAUAUUCUAGUGCUCAAUCUAUAAUAACUAACACUAAUAACGAAAAUACUUCAGAGAAGUUAACUUCAUCUGACAACCUAGACUCUAAGUCAGUUAAAGUUUAUCAAUUUUCACUUAAAAGUCAAAAAGAUGUUAGUGUAGUUAGUCCCCCUAUUGGCAUAAUUCAAAAUGAAUCAUUAAAUCAAGAUGAAUCGAAAACUCAAAACGAUUCUAAGUCUGUAAUAACUUCCGUUGAAUCUCUUAAUCAAGAAAACGAUAGAUUUACUGGAAGUGAAUCAUUCAUUUUUGUCCCUGAAGUUGAUAAUAAAAUUCAAGAGCGUCACGGUGUUGAUUAUAAACCUUUGGUAAAUACUGAUCAAGAUAAAUCAGGGAUUACAAGUGCACCUUUUUCAAAAUCGCUUGAUCAAGUUGGCGAUUUGACUUUGGGGGAAACGAAAGUUACGGAUGCUACACUACAUAAACUUAAACCUGAGAGUCAAGACAAUGACAAAAAACCUCAAGGAGUUACAGGAAUCAAUCAGACAGAAAUUAAUCAAUUCCAACAAGAAAUUGUCGAUUUCUCUCAAUAUCAAAUUGGCGAUUUGACUUUUGGGGAAACAAAAGUUACGGAUGCUACACUACCCAAACCUGAGAGUCAAGACAAUGAUAAAAAACCUCAAGGAGUUACUGAUUUCUCUCGAUUUCAACCUCAAGGAGUUAUUGAUUUCUCUCGAUUCCAACCUCAAGGAGUUACUGAUAGUCAGGAUCGCGAUUCAUCUGGGAUUACAGAUUAUCCUAAUUUAAAAUCAUCUGGCACUCCCAAAUAUAAACCGGACAUUUCUAAUGACAAAGUCUCAACUGCAUCACCAAAUAGUAGCUCUUCAUCUACUCUCAAGGUCCUAAAUAAACAAACCGAGUCGAGCAAAUCUAAUAAUACGGGUGAUAAUAUUUCUUCUGCAAUUAAUAAGCAACAACCCUCCACUGGGAAUUAUUCACCCGCAACUGUCAAAAAGUCUUCAAAGGUUAAACCUCCAGUUCCUCCAAAACCUAAAAAAUAUCAAAACCCUUCGACAUCAGGGGAAGUUUUAAAUAGUAAUACCGUUUUAAAAAAUAACGAACUCACGCAAGUUGUAGAUUCAAAUCCAAAUAGUCAAAGUAUUCAUGAAAAGGAUUCAAAUGAAUCUAUACCACAACCGCAACCAUCACAAACGCAACCACCAGCACAAACACAACAUCAACAACCACCACCACCAACACAAACGCAACCACCAGCACAAACACAACAAUAUCAACCACCACCACCAACACAAACGCAACCACCAACACAAACGCAACCACCAACACAAACGCAACCACCAACACAAACGCAACCACCAGCACAGACGCAACCACCAGCACAAACGCAACCACCAGCACAAACGCAACCACCAGCACAAACGCAACCACCAGCACAAACGCAACCACCAGCACAAACACAACAUCAACCACCACCACCACCACAGACGCAACCACCAGCACAAACGCAACCACCAGCACAAACACAACAAUAUCAACCACCACCACCAACACAAACGCAACCACCAACACAAACACAACAUCAACCACCACCACCACCACAAACGCAACCACCAGCACAAACACAACAACUUCAACAACCACCACCACCAGCACAAACACAACAACUUCAACAACCACCACCACCACAAACGCAACCACCAGCACAAAUACAACAAUAUCAACAACCACCACCACCACAAACGCAACCACCAGCACAAACACAACAAUAUCAAUCACCACCACAAACACAACAAUAUCAACCACCACCACCACCACAAACUCAACAAGCAGCACAAACACAACAAUAUCAACAGCAACCACCACCACAAACAAAACCACCAAAACCACAAACAUCAAAACCACAAACAUCAAAACCACAAACAAAGCCACCAAAACCACAAAUGCAAUCACAACCACCACAAUCUCAACAGCAACCACCACAACUGCAAUCACCACCUCAACCACAACAUAAUAUUAUCACAUCUCCAUUAUCAGCGCCUCCUCCUCCUGUUAUUCCCAGGUUCACAAAACCAAAUCUUAAAGGUUCUAGUUCUAUCAAAAAAGAAACCCCGAGAUAUGGUUCGCAUUCGACAAAUGCACCUGUAAGUUUUCCCACUGGCAAACCUGAUCACGUUGCCGCCCCUAUACAAAACAAGGAUAAAGAUAGCUCUAAAGAGGAAUUCAAAGAUCCUGAUAAAGCAGACAAAUAUGUGGAUGCAUUAAUUUCUUCACCUGUGAUAGAAGAAAUUGAAAGCGAAGACAGUAAAGGUCAUGAGAGUGAUGAAACCCAGUCACGUCCCUUAUCCCUUGAUUCAAAAAGCUCCGAUUAUUUUGGAUCAAACCCAAUGAAAGGCAUUAGUGGUGACACUUCAUCAUAUUCAUAUCAAAGCAGUGGUGAUAGCAUUCCGUUGUAUCAAAAUAGUGGUAGAAUAACUGGUAAACCAAUGGAAUCUCGUAAUCAAAACAGUGGCAGAAUAACUGGUGACCCAAUGGGAUCUCAUAAUCAAAACAGUGGUAGAAUAAUUGAUAACCCAAUGGAAUCUCAUAAUCAAAACAGUGGUAGAAUAACUGGUGACCCAUUGGAAUCUCGUAAUCAAAACAGUGGUAGAAUAACUGGUAACCCAAUGGAAUCUCGUAAUAGAAACAGCGGUAGAAUAACUGGUGACCCAUUGGAAUCUCGUAAUCAAAACAGUGGUAGAAUAACUGGUGACCCAUUGGAAUCUCGUAAUCAAAACAGUGAUAGAAUAACUGGUGACCCAAUGGAAUCUCAUAAUCAAAACAGUGGUAGAAUAAUUGGUAACCCAAUGGAAUCUCAUAAUCAAAUCGGUGGUAGAAUAACUGGUGACCCAAUGGAAUCUCGUAAUCAAAACAGUGGUAGAAUAACUAGUAACCCAAUGGGAUCUCAUAAUCAAACUAGUAACCCAAUGGAAUCUCGUAAUAAAAACAGUGAUAUAGUAACUAGUUCUCAUAUAUAUAACCCAACGGAAUCUCGUAAUAAAAACAGCGAUGCAAAUAGUCUUCCUUUAGAUAUAAACUCAAUGAGUCAUUCUCUUGAAUUGGACUUCAAUAAAGAAAACCAUAGUUCUAGUGAUCCAUCAAAUACUAGAAAAAGUUAUGCGGAAGGAACAACACAUGAUUACCAUCACCCAGAUGAAUAUGAUCGCAUUAAUGUAAUAACACAAGAUGACACUGUCAGUUCUACUAGAAAAAGUUAUGCGGAAGCAACAACACAUGAUUACCAUCACCCAAAUGACCCUGGCAGUUCUUCAUCUGGAGUUUUCAAUAAAGCAGCUAGUGCAGUGCGUAAUAUUGGUAGUUUUGUUUUCGGAUCCGGAAGCAGCAGCUCGGAUGGCGAAAUUUUCAAUGUCACUUUUCAUGUACAUUUACCGAACUUUGACCGAACGGGUGAACCAGUAAUUCUUGGUAGUGGUAACGAAUUAGGAAAUUGGAAACAAUACAAUAAACUUGAACAACCUGAUCCUCAAAGGCAUCCUAAUUAUUGGAGAUCAAAACCCAUUAAUAUUCUUCUGUUAUAUGAGAACAUGCCAGAAAUUAAAUAUAAAUAUGGAAUAUUUUUUAGAGGUUGGAAUAAUUAUCGUAAUUAUGUGGAUUACGAAGGUGAAGGGUAUGAGCAAGAUCGCACGUUGGACACAACGAUAAACGAUCAAUACGACAUAUGGUUAAAUAACAAGAAAUAUUUUAUGAAUAAUAGAGAUUUUGCCUUCGUUGAUGUCAUAUAUCAAUCAGUUACCGCCAAAAAUUAUAAAGACAAGAUUAUGCAAUAUCAAUCGCUGUCAAAAAAUCAUGGUUACCACGUUCGGAAUGUUACUAAUAUUGACUUCAUCGUCAAUAAUCUUUACCCUUCCCAAGCAAGAGAGAAACGACUUUUCCUUUGCGUCCUUCUUGGAUAUUAUAUAAAACAUCAUCAUAUAAUCCAUCUUCCUCAACAUUUCCAAUCUGUCGAUUUACUUGAAGCACUAGAAAAUGUAUCCGAUGAGACAUUACCGAGUAGUACUUUAGAACUAAUGCCGAGAGUAUUACAAAGUUUAGUUCAACAUAAUGCAACAUCUAAGUCUUUCGUGUGGAUUAGAAUUUUUAAGUCUGCUCGCAUCUUAGACCCUCAAUUCUCUUUUGUCGAUUCAUUCAUUGGCGUUGAGUAUAAUAAUGAAGAAUUAGCCAACUUUUUUAAACUUUGGAAUAAAAGUGCUAAAUCUUACAUGAAAUUUAUUGGUGAAGAAGCAUAUACAAAAAUUGCCAAGCACCUGAUCAACAUUUCUCGCAAUAUGUCAUUUCUUAUUGCAACGUGGAAAGAUAUUACUGAUCGCUCCAUAAAUGUUAGUAAUAGAGUUCGACAAUUUUUGAUCGAACGUAUUAGAAUCAAUAUUGAUAAUUCUGAUGCAAGCGCAAGUACUUUAAUCGAUGAUUACAGUAAAGUUCUCCCGGAUUUACGAAAUGAUGUUUCGGGAAUUUUUUGCGACAGAGUUAUUUAUUUACUAAAACAUCCUCGUACUGAGUGGAAUAUAAAUAAUAAUUUGGAUUCAAUUGAAAAACUUCUUUUAUCUAAGUCUAUGUAUUGGUCUCCAGACAGCCACCUCAAUGCAUUGGAGGCCAUUUCCCGGUCAAAAGAAAUCAAAAUCUUAAAUAUUUUCUUAAAAUUAUUGAAACAUUGGUUCGCUAUUAAUAAUUCUGUACAUGAUUCUAAGAAUCCAAGAGUUUUACCAAUUUGCAGGGAUUGGUUUAGUAGUGUUUUAACUCGUUUAAAUGAAUCACAGAAUUCAUCUGCUGAUGGAAUAUUUGUAUUUACAGUUUUCAAUUAUUUAUCAGAGGCUUGUAAAGUGAUUAAAGGUAGAAAAAAAAUCUAUGAUGAAUUAUCAAGAAUUGCUACAACCCGAGUUAGAGAAUGUUCAGAACAAAGAAUUCUUAAAGCAACAACUCGAGUUGUGAAUCUAGACGUAAAUGUAGUUCGGGAAUUCAUUACUAUAGCAGUUGAUAUAUUAAAACAAUCUGUUUAUAAUGCUGAUGCUCAACUCUUGGAUAAAAUCCAAUUUAUUUGUGGUAAUACAAAUGAUGAUAGGAUGGAUAGACUAAAAAUUAAUUAUGAUAUAAUGACUAAAUUACAGUCACAUUAUAUUCCACCUUCAACAUCUGAACAACAUUUGAAACUUCUCAAUUCUGGACAAUUUUGGAAGGUAAUUUUUCGUGCAGAAGGCCAUGUCGAAAAAUUACAUAAACAUCCCCAUGUUCAACAAAUACGUGAUGAUAUUAAUCAGCUGGCAGGCUUAAUUGCUGAGAAAACUAUUGAUAUCAAAUCUCUCCAGUUAAUUUUAAGACAUAAAGAUACAGAGCUAUUCACAUAUUUUGAUUGUCCUAAUUCAAAGAAAAGAUUGAACGCGGUGUUUGUCUCAAAACAGGAUAUUAGUGAGGCCAGAAAUCAGUGCAAAAAUUACGAGUCCACCUUAAAUGAACUUAGAAUAUAUUACGAGAUCUUCUGUUCAACCUUAAAAGUUUCGGAUGUGCAUGAAUAUCUUUCAAAAAUAGAUACCGAAUCUAAGAUGUUAUCUCGACUUAGACUCAAAGAUAUUUUAAGCCCUGACCAUUGGGAAUUUCAUAGUGAAACAAUAGAAAUGGCAAAAAAAGUAUCCGUAUUUUCCGAAUCUCAGACAUUUGCAAACAUUUUUAAUUUACUUCUUAAUGAAGUAGCAGAAACGUUGACAGUUGAAGAUAUCACAAAAACGAUAAUUAAUAAAGCACUUGAAAGAUUUGCUCAAUUAUGUAAGCAAUAUAAAGGUCAAGAUUGGGAAAAAUUAAAAUGUUCCGAUGCCGCUUUCCUCUGGAAAGGUGUAACUAAUGUAGAAUUCGAACUUAGAUUAAUGGGAAAUUAUGUUGCUCUCAGCAAAAACCAAAAACAUUAUGAAAACCUUGUCAAGACUCUUAAACGACUUGCAUCUGUACCAGAUUGGGUUGUUCGUCUUGAACAAUUAUUCACAAUUAUUGAAAUAUUUGAUGUUCCACAUGAAAAAGACGAUUGGCUUACAAAAUCUCGACGUAUUUUGCAAGAUGAUAUUCUAACUCUUGGAAAGUUAAAUAACUUUUUUGAUUAUCUUAAUGGAAAUCUUGCUAAAAUUGAUAGUGAUACUUGCUGGCCUUUGAUUAAAGAAUUAUCCGAAGCUGGCGAUUUUUUAGAAUUCCUCAAAAGUAUUGCUGAACAUGAUAUAAAAAAUCUUAUUAAUGGUGUUGAUGAUUUUAAUGAUGAGCGAUUAAACCAAGAGGAUACUGUUGCUUCAUUAAUUCAAGUUCAACAAUUGUUACUUCAAUUAAUGAAUAAAGUGAAAUCGAGAGAUAUAAGUAUUAAAAAAUUUCUUGCCGAUUUGGCCACCAUCAAUGCCGAUAACCCUACAUUAGUUGGAAAAAUUACUUUGUGUUCAAGUUGUAAUAUGGCUUUACAAAAUAUGUAUAAAAACAUUUCAAAUCGAGGUGAAGUUACUAAAGAAAAGAUUCAAAAUGCUGUUAAAAAAGGAACUUUUUCAUUUGAACGUGUUGGCAAAGAUGAAAAGUUUACUGUUGCAUUGACAUAUCCCUCCAAAGAGAGUAAUGUAAAGCCUUAUUCUCUGUCUGACUUACAAGAUUUGAGAGGACGUGCGUUGUUAAUUGCUAAACCUACUUCCGCGGUAAACAUGAGAAUGGAUGCAAAUGAAGAAGAACAAAUAGCAAAGGCCAGGAUAAUGGAUGAAUUUGUUCGUCAAGUUGAUUUGGUUCACGAGAUUUGUAAUGUUGGAGUUAAACUCAUACAAAUGGGGCAUUUCGGUUAUCGGCAAUACAAGAAAUCGGUUUCUGGUGACAAUAAGAUGAAUGAAUUAACUAUUUUACAUAAAGCACUUAAAGAGGAUUUGAAUCAAUGGGAAAAGAUCGUCGAUAAAGCACAGGAACUUCAUUAUUACUUGACAUUUUUCCCUGCUCGUCAUAUUUUAACUUUUCUUGACUAUUUCACUAAUGAUGAUCCAGCCAAUAGAGAGAUUAUUAAAACUCUUAUCCUAUUUGUGAACCCCAAGGCCAAGUUGUUGCCAGCCAAAAAAGGUGGUUUUAAAAUAUCACAACAAAAUUAUUUGGAUAUUCUCUGUGAACUUGGUGCUAAGAUAAAAAUUAUAUUCGGUGACAUUCCAAUUCAAAAACGUCCACUAAAAGAAAAAGGUGUAGUGGUUCCUUCUGAUAUAGUGCAUAGAGGAAGGUUAUUUGUUGCUUCUUGUAAUGAUAAAUUAUUAGUUCCAAAUAUUAUGAUGUCAAUUUAUAUAAAUCAUGGAUAUUAUCCCGAACCAUGGCAAAUUUUGAUUUGUAAAUCAUCUACUACUAUGGAGGAACUUUCAAUUUUCACAAAACGUUGUUUCCUUGCAGCUGAUAAUGGAUAUAAAGAUCACCUGUUCUGUAUUGCAAAUUUAGAGGUGCUCGAGUUCGAUUUACAAUAUAAUUUAGUAAAUCUUAUAAGAUCUUUACGUGAGAAUCAUGAUGAUUAUUUAUUAGCAUUAAUUUGUUGUCGUGAGGCAGGACUUCAUCAUCACAUUUUAGAUCAAUUUUCAGCAGAAGUAGUUAAUACCAAUGGUUUAUGUAAUGAAACAAUGAAGGCUAUUUAUUCUGAAUUAUGUCCAAAUGUUGCAUGUGUAUCCUCGGAUUUAUCUGGUCAAGGAAAGAGUGAAUGGAUUAAACAAUCUAGUUUCCUAAAACAUAAAAUUCCUCGUAGUUUCCUUAUUAGUGAUGGGAUCAAUUUUAGUAAACUAGUUCAUCAGCUCAAAAGAUUUCAACUUCAUGAACUUCAUGAAGGAGAAAGUUUGCAUAUUAAUAUUGUUUCAACCAAUAACAGUAGUGAUGUAAAUAUGUUCUUAUUUGAAUUACUUACAUUAGGAUUUGUAUUUAAUGAUGUGGAAAUCGUAUAUCUUCCAAAAACCACAGUUUUCAUUGAAAUUGCAUCUACCGACGAACAAAAAUUACUUAAUUCACUUCCAAUCACAAGUUAUUAUAACAAAACUCAUAUAUCCUGGGAUAUUAAUAAUUUAAUUGUGUCUAAUGAAAUUCAUAGUCCAAUUCAAAUUGUAUCUUAUUAUUUGAAUGCACUUGAUCAAGCUACAAUUGACGAAAAUAAUAUUCAUUUCUCUGGAGAAGGAGCCAUUACUCAACCUUUACCAGCGAAAAGAUGUCAAGAACUAGUGGCCAAAUAUUUCUUCGAUGAAAACACAGAUAAUAUUUCAUCAUUUCGCUUUGUGGAAAUUUUUAUUAAUGUUUUAGCUGAUCAAUUGGUGCGUUUUUCAUCAAGUACAUACUUUCGCGUUGAGAAUUUGAAACAAAUUGUAAAAGAUGAAGAUUUACGAACAACAUUACUACGAAAACUAAUAGAUGUUUCUAAAGACUUUGCAACUCGAUCUGUUCAAACAAAAGUAGCACAAUUAGAAGCAAUUGGAAAUAUUAAUCAAGAAUUAGAAGACAUUAAUAUCGAGAUUAAAUCAUGGGAUGACUCAAAUCAUCUUUUAGUGUGCUUCAUGUCUCAAAGUCCAGACUCGAUUUGUACUUUAUAUCGAGACCCCAAGAAAGUUGAUGAAAAUGUGAAAUCUUUCUUGAGAAGUCAAUUUCCCGGUAAUCCCAGAGAAUGGAAACUUGAAGAUUAUAAUAAUAUGCCCGAUAAAGAACUUUUAAAUAGAUUAGAAUGUUUGGCACGUAAGACAACAAAUAAAAUUGAUUUACCUAAUUAUGCACUAUCAGCUGAUAAUUUAGUUAAGAUGGCAUUAAUCUUACUAAGAGCUCGGGCUAACAUUCCAGUUGUUGUGAUGGGCGAAGCUGGAUGUGGAAAGACAAGUUUAAUAAGUUAUUUGGCAGGAGUUGUUGAAGUCAAGUUUGAAGCAUUAAAUCUUCACGCAGGAAUUUCAGAAGCCCAAAUAUUAGAUUUUAUGUCUAAGGUUGAAAAGGAUGCCGUAAACGGAGAAAUAUGGAUAUUCUUUGAUGAAAUCAAUACAUGUGAUCAUAUUGGUCUUCUAGCAGAUCUUAUUGCUCAUCAAAUGUUGCUCGGUAAAGCAAUUCAUCCAAAUAUUCGAUUAUUCUCUGCCUGUAAUCCAUAUCGAAUGCGAACAAAGAGUCAAAGCCAAGCUGGAUUAAAGGCCAAAGUCAAAGUCAACAGAUAUGAAGAACAAAGUAAACUUGUAUAUCAAGUCAAGCCACUUCCGGACCAAAUUUUGGAUUAUGUGUGGGACUACGGUAUUCUUCAAAAAAAUGAUGAAAAAAAAUAUAUCCAAAUAAUGACACACAAAGAACUUAAAGAUUAUGAAUUGAACCACCCAGUACUCACAGAACUCUUGUUUGGAUCCCAAGAAUUUAUUCGUUCAAUUGAAGAACCAUAUAGUGUUAGUUUACGUGAUGUGAAGAGAGCUAUCAAAUUGAUAAAGUUUUUCCAUUAUAGUUUAAAUAAUCGACCGCGACGAACAAAAACAGGAAAUAAAAGUAGACCCAAAUAUCCUAAUGAUAAUAGUAUACAAUUACAAUUCCGGUGUUAUAUUUUAGCAAUUGCUCUUUGUUAUCAAUCUAGAAUUUAUGAUCAAGAAGAACGUGCAAAUUAUCGGAAAGAUAUGGUUAAAAUUUUUAGAUCAAAGGGUGUGAAUUUAGAUCAUCGUAAAUUUAAGGAAAUAAUUAAACAAGAACAAGAAGAUAUUGUAAAACGAAUGAAUAUACCUCCAAAUACUGCAUUAAACGAAGCUCUCUUAGAAAAUAUAUUAGUAAUGACCGUUUGUAUUCUGAUAAAAAUACCAGCAUUUAUUAUUGGUGCACCAGGGUCAUCCAAAUCUUUAGCAAUUCGAUUAAUUAGUCAAAAUCUUCGUGGUAAAGAUUCGAAUGAUCGAUAUUUCCAAACCUUGCCACAGGUUUAUCUUAUUCCACAUCAAGGUUCAUCAUCUUCCACUUCUGAUGGUAUUAUUGAAGUUUUUCAAAAAGCAGUUAAAUUCCAAGAAACAAGCACAGAUGAAUUUCCUUCGAUCAGUGUUGUUUUACUAGAUGAAGUUGGAUUGGCUGAAACUUCUCCACACAAUCCUUUGAAAGUUCUUCAUUCUUUACUUGAACCAAGUUAUCCUGCUGAUGGUCCGACUGUAUCUGUUAUUGGAAUUAGUAAUUGGAGAUUAGAUAAUAGUAAAAGUAGCAGAGCAUUAUUAGUUCAAAGACCUAAGUUUGGUAUUGACGAUCUUGUGGAGACUGCAGAACGGUUACUUGAGGGUAAAGCACGAUCCGUGUCUCUUAAACCUCUUGCAGAAGCAUAUUCAGAAUAUGAACAAUCCGGACAAAUUUAUCCAAAUUUCCACGGUCUUCGUGAUUAUUAUGGUCUUGUAAAAAGCUUAUCUAUGGCAGAUAUGACACCCGAUAAUAUUCAGAUGGCUUUAGCUAGAAAUUUUGGUGGUACAGAUCAAAAUGCAAGACUUUGUGAAGAAUACUUUGGUAACGUUUUGCAAAAGUUCAACAAUUACGGUGAAUGGAAAUACGAACCAAUCUCAACUUCAGAAUUAAUUAAUGCUAAUUUAAGAGAUGAAAGCGCAAGACAUUUAAUGGUUAUCGGGAAAAGUGAUUCUAUUGUAAAUAUUUUAGAUUUCCAGUUAAAAAAUCAAGGUUUAGAACCUGUGGUGAUAUUAGGUUCCCAAUUUCCUGAUGACCAACAAGAUUAUUCUUAUAGUGUAUUGAGUAGAAUUAUGAUGUGUGUUGAAGCAGGGAGACCUCUUAUUUUAACAGAUUUGGAUAUUAUUUAUGGCGCUCUUUAUGAUUUAUGGAAUCAGAAUUACAUUGUUUAUGGGAAUAAAGAAAAUCCUAGGUACUUUACCAGAGUUGCUCUUGGGGCUUAUGCUAAUCCAAUGUUGUAUGUGGAUAAUAAAUUUAGAUGUAUUUUAGUUCUUGAUGAAUCUAGACUCGAUAGAGCAGAUCCACCACUUUUAAAUAGAUUUGAAAAACAAAGAUUGACUAUUGAAGAUGCACUCACGAAACAGCAACAGGAUAUUGUAGAGUUUUUGAAAGAAUGGGUUAGACAAAUGGGAACUUUGGUCUCGAGGAACAGAAUACAAUCUCGUAGUGACUUCAAAUUGAAGGAUCUUUUCAUUGGCUUUGAUCCAGAUGAAACUUUACAAAGUCUAGUCAUAGCCACAAAAUCAGCCAUCGAUCCCGCAGAAAGUUUAUUCUGGAAGAAUGUUUACUUCCCAUCACCAGAAAAUAAUAACCAACAUCACGAUCACUUAGAAGAUUAUUUCGUUUCAUUAUUUUUUGAACUUGGUAUGGCUGACCCAGAGCCAUCGUUAGUUAUUGUAAAUACUUUCUCGAACAUCAACACCGAUGUUAAAAAAUGUCUAGAAAAAGUGACACGUGUUCAAGUUGAUAAAUUAUCAACAUUCAAAACCGAAGCACAACUUCAAAAUAGAGUUAAACAUUUCUGGCUUGAAUCUGAUAAUCAAAUGUUGGUUCUUCAGUGUGAUGUAACCACCAGAAAUGCGGGAUGUAUUAAGUUAGCUAAAUUCAUCAUUGAACAAUAUCGUAAUGAAUUUCUUCGAAUAAAAACCAAAAAAACGAAAGCAAAACAUGCAUGUAUUAUUUUACAUAUUCAUAGGGAACAAGAAACCAAAUUUUUAUCAUUUAAUUUUAUGUGCGGAUGGAGACAAGUUACAAUUGAAACUUUGGCCCCUCAAGAGAAACAUUUAUCUUCACUUUUGGAAGGAUCUUUGAUAACUAUAAUGAAAUCCACUUAUCCAUUUGAGGAGAUAUUAAAACAAGAAUUGUUAUGGUGUCUUCUAUGUAUGAAAUUUUCUUCUACAGAAAAUUCUAUUAAUCACAUUAAAACGAUCAGUUCCGAGAUCUUCAAGUACCCUAACUUUAUCGAAUGCCUCAAAGAAAGAACACUCAUGUGGAUUGAUGAAAAAUCUUCUGCAGACUGGCAAUAUCAAGUUGCAUCCAAUAAACGGUUAUUAUAUCCUUAUUCAUCUUUUUCUGCCGCUUUACAGGCCUAUAUUCGUUCUUUGGUCAGAGGUCCACUUGCAAAAAUGUUAUAUUCUCUGCAAAAAUUAUCAGCCAUAAAUACAUUCUUUUAUAUUGAUCAGCUCGAAGAUGGAAAAGAUUCUCUACUCACAUUCUGGAAAGAUAUGUUUAAAGAUCCUAAAGUAAUGGGAACCGAUGAUCUUGUUGAACCUAACCCCGAUGUUUAUACGUUACCACGAAUUUAUGAUUUGCGUUUCCCAUUUUCAGGUUAUUUUAUCAAAAGAAUUGAUGAUUUUAAGGAAAUGUAUUUAGAAGAAAUAGCUAAACUUAAGCAAGAAAGAGAAAAUUGUGAUGAAUUUGGAGAACUUCAACCAUUUGUUGAGGAUACAACUUAUCGUGUAUUUAAUCAAACCAUCCUUACUUCAAUACCACACCUCCGAGAUGCACCAUUUGACGAAUUUUCAGAAUUAUACUUUAAUGAUUUUGUUACAGUUGUUUCUAGUACUGAUGGGAGUAAAAAAGAUGUCAAAUUAUUAUCCCUAAUUUUGCAACAACUUUUGGAUGAAGAAAAGGUUAAAGACCCAGUGUACUUACAUGUUUAUUGGUGGACAAAUUCAAGUACAAUAUUAGCAGACUUUCAAUUAGCUCAAUUAUGUCCAACAAUUAUCAAUGACUUUUCAGAAAGACGAGCUAAUCACACCUUUGAAGAGUUUCUCAUUCAGGAAGUAACAAUAACGAUGCUUAAUAAGUUAAGUGCAGAAAGUAUUAAUGUUCACCAUAUAGAUAAAUGGCAUAAACAAGCCACAAAAAUCAUAACCUAUACUGGAAAGUUGAUUCGGUCUCGAAAAUUACCAUCUUUCCAAUUAUUACGAAUUUGUAAUGAACUUGUUGCUUCAGAAUCAGUUUCUUUGAAAGAUAUUAAGGAAAUAGUAAGACUUGGUCUAAUUUCCGAUGAUCGCGAAAUACUUUCCAAAGAAUUCAUAAAUUAUGUCCUUAGAGUUCUGGAUAAACUUGAAGUUAAUGAAAAAAAUUUAAUUCCCAUGCGAUCAUUUAUUACAAGAUGUCUUGAUGUUAUUUCAUUAGAGUCACAAGUAAUUUUACACCUUUAUCAAUACAUUUUUUCUCGAGAACCUUUCCCCUUGAUAGGAUCGAUUAUAAGUCGUAUUUUCGAAAAAGAAGAUAACGAUAAUGAAAGUGUCUUCUUUAAAAUUUUCGAAAAUGCUCAUGCGAUUUUGCAACGUUCACCUCGUUUGAAUGUGAUUAAUAAUGCUUUAAAACUCAAAGAUUUAAAUUCACCAAUGGCGGCCUUGUGCUGUGAUAUUAUUCAACAGAAUUACUUUUCAGAUUUAGAAAUGGCAGGGAUGAUUGAAUACUUUCUUUCAGCUUCUAGUGCAUUACUUAACGUGGGAGUAGAACCUUUACAACGUAUUAUAUCAAUAGCCUUUCUAAAAGAGUUUGUUGGUAGACUUUGGGACACGACAAUAGAUAGUGACGAUUUCACAAAACCAAUUUCAAUAGGUAAAAUAAUGGAAAUUGGAAAUUUUAAUCCUCGAGUAGUUCUUGAUCAAAUAAACAAUGUCAUGUCAAUGGAGAAUCCUUUAAUUUAUUCUCUUAAGAUCUACUUUUUACGAGAUUUACGAUUUAGAGAUUUUUCAAUUGAUGAUGUUAAAAAAUUCUGUAACGGACAAAGAAUAACUCUACCAUGGUUAUCAUCAUUAGAAUGGGGAGAUAAUAAUGAUAAUAGGCUUCCAUUUAACACAUAUUGGUAUCUUCCUGAAUAUGCACAAGCCGAAGACUCAUUUAGAUUUCUAUAUAGUAUAAAUAAUAACAAUCCGAUUCAACAAUUCAUGCAAUUAUUACCAAAUAAUCUUAACUCUAGAAUUGCAUUUACGGGUCUUAUCAUAUCUCGCCUACAUGUUAUUAGAGCUUCACGUGAAUGGGGUCCAAACGAAAAUCGAGCAGCAGAUUUUUUGAAAAAUGUUAGCAGAAUAAACGGAUUAUCCGAUAUUUAUAAGAACUCUAUCAAUAGGAUAAUAUCAAAUAGACAUCCAUUACUUCAUUUCGAUGCUAGAAUGGAUAAUAAUACUAUAUUCAUAAAAUCAGUGAUCGCUCAUACAAUAAUUUUGCAUGCAUCUAUGGAUCCAAACGUUACACCUCUUACCACACUUUUACAUAGGUUAGAAACAUGUCAGAAUAUGUUUAUUUUAUCUUGCACUUCCGAUAUGGAAGCAUAUAUAAUGAAUGCUGUUUUAGGAAAAGAACGAGUUACUCGAUAUACUUGUGAAUGCGGUUAUAAAUAUGUUAUUGGUAAUUGCGGUUUCGCCAUGACUGGUCAGUUAUGUCCUGAGUGUAAAACAAGAACGUUAGGAGGUGCAGAUCAUAAGGCUUAUGCUACUAAUAAGAAAUUAGAUGCAGCCCCACUUGCUGCGAAUUUAGCAACUAAUGACAUGUCUGGUUAUAUUGGAGAAACACCAAAUCAAGAUAUCGCUUAUUGUGUUCGAUCUAUGCCACCUACUUCUUUCAGGAUAUUACAUUUAUUUGUUCAUAUUCUCAUAGGUGCUUCGUCUCCCUCACCAAUUGCAUUCAAUUUCCUUCAGAAAAAUAACCAAGUUGCUAUCGAUACGGAACAUUAUUGUCUUCAACAUAUUCAAAAUGAUUGGAAUAUUCUCAAACAAAUUCUUAAUUGUUCUGAUGAGAAUUUAGCAUUAACAUUACACUCAAUAUUGGCGAACAUGACACAAAACCCACCACCUGCAUCUAAUUUAAGCGCUCCGAAUCAACGUGAAGAAUGGGAAACUCUAUUCACUAGAAAUUACGUGUCUGACCAAAUUAAAAGUAUACCUGAAACAACCACAAAUUUCCGUACUAUUCUUGACGCUGCAUCAAAUGCUGUAGGAAAUAAUGCUAAUGUUAUUGAAUCCGAAAUAAAUCAAACUUUGACGACGGUCGAUAUAUCUCAAUUACCUCGACUUUGGCGUAAAAUUGGAGUUAACACUUUUGAAAGUUUCCGUGCUUAUUAUAAUGGAAAUUUAGCUCAAUAUCAAGAACAAUUCCCUGUAUUAGCCGCGUACUUUAAAUAUGAAGAAAGAUUAACAUAUGUAAAACAUCUUUGGAAUAUUGUUAAAUUUGUUCAAUUACUAUCAGCCCGCCUUUCUUAUCGAUUAAAUAGAAAAGAAGUUGAAGCCUUAACAUUCCGUGAAUAUGUUUUAAGCGAGAGGAAUGACGGAGCAUUAUUAACAGCAUAUAAAGAUUUUGAGAAAGCUUGGAAUUCCGUGAUUGAGAAUGUAGAUAGAUAUCAAUGUCAUGAAAUUAAGAUUAAACCUAAAAUGCAUUUUGACCAGAAACUCAUUUUAGCGUUAAUUGAACCUAAAGAUGAAGGAGUUUUUCUUUGUGCAAUUCUAGAAUAUUUAAUUUUUAUACAAAAUAAUUUCUUAGAAGAAAUUAUGGCAAUUACUCCUGGAACAUGCAGAUCCCUUAGAUUUUUAGAAGAUUCUGAUUCCCUUACAGAAACUGAAGGUCCACCUCAAUAUUAUAUUCAAUCAUUAACUCUUGAACAAGCGAGAAAAGAUAAUUUGAUAUCUUACCAAUGGGAAGAUGAUUAUGAUGGAAUUCUUCAAUUUAGUGAAAGAAAUUUAGGACUUGGACGUGGUCAAGACAUUAUUUAUGAUUUACAGAAAAUUGAACAAGAACUCGCUAGGUAUUUAGUUUUUGAAAAAGUUCACAUAGAAACGAUAGAAGAAACUACAUUAUUCAUGGAACCUUUUUCAUAUCAUAUGGAAUUGUUCCAAUCAUCUAUGAGAAUUAUUGGAGAUAUUAGAAAUUUGAUUCCACAAGAACCAAUAUCCCCUGAAAAGGUUGCAACUAUCAUGGGAACCCCAACAAAUUCAUUUAAUUUCUCACCAGAUCAAAUGGACACCUCAAUAGAUAAUCCAUCAGAUAUUCUAUCAGCAUUAGAAAUUCUUUUGUGCUUUGUAAAACGUAGCCCUGGUGGUGGUGGUGAAUUUUUGAUUAAAGAAUAUGUAUCUCAAUGGGCAUCACUAUCAGAAAUUUCCGAAAAUGCCAAAUUCAAUAAUUUGUUGAACGUAGAUUUGAAACUUAAACAUUUAGUUGGAUUAUACGAAUUAAUUGAAGAACAAGUGGCUAAUACCACUGUGAAAUAUGUUUCUGAAAAAUACAAAGCUCCGAUUAAUGAUUUAGUAGAUUCUUUAAAUAAAGUUAUUGAUUGGACAAUACCCCCAUCUCAACAAGAACUUCUUCCAGCUGAUGCAUUCGCUUUAGCUUUGAAAAGAUUUAUGUAUCGAUGUUUACAAGGAGAAACUAUAAAAGAAACUCACCCGCUCAAUCUUUAUGUCUGUGAAGAAUCAUUAUUCUUUUGGCCGUCUUCAGUUCCUCAACAAUUGAUUGAUAAUCUAUUUCCAGAUGAAUUAAUGGUCUCACAUACUUAUACUGUGUAUGGAUUUAUCACAAAACAAAUUGAGAAAAGACAACCACCACCACCAGAAUCACAAAGACCACAGGAAAGACAACGUCGAUACGGGACAAGGAAAAAUAAAAAUACUGGGAGAUUCGAUUAG